AUUACCCUCCUAUACCCUAUUUUUGUUUGCCUUGACCUCGCGUCUUCUAACUUCUGAAGUUCUCAUACUCAUAUCCAAAACCUCUCAAAACCCUCGCUCCCACCCGCCGCCGCCUCCGCCGCCACCUCCACUGCCGAUCCCAAGCAAGAUGAGUCGGCACCCUGAAGUUAGGUGGGCCCAGAGGAUUGACAAGGUGUACAUCACAGUACAAUUGCCUGACGCAAAGGAUGCUAAGGUCAAUCUGGAACCUGAUGGUGUAUUCUCUUUCUCUGCCACUGCUGGAACUGAUGGAAACUCCUAUGAAUCAAAACUAGAUUUGAAUGACAAAGUUAAUGUCGAGGCAAGCAAAAUAAGUGUUGGUGUCAGAUCCAUAUUCUGCAUUGUUGAAAAAGCUGAGGCCAAAUGGUGGAAUAAGCUUGUUCGAGAUGAUCAAAAGGCACCUCACUUUGUGAAAGUUGAUUGGGACAAAUGGGUCGAUGAAGAUGAUGAUGGUGCUGAUAUAAAUGUUGAUGGGAUGGAUUUUGCGAAUAUGGGUGGCAUGGGAGGUAUGCCUGGCAUGGGAGGUAUGCCUGGCAUGGGAGGUAUGGCUGGCAUGGGUGGCAUGGGUGGCAUGGGUGGCAUGGGUGAAUUGGCCAAUAUGAUGGGUGGCAUGGGCGGCAUGGGCAUGCCACAUGGCAUGGGUGGUAUGGGGAUGGAUGAGUUUGACGAUGAGAGUGAUGAGGAAGGAGAAGUGUCCAAACCUCAAGAGGAAGGAAAGGCAGAUGCAGCAAAAAAGCCUGAGGAGGUUGGAGCCAGAGUUGACACAGAGCACGUCAACUGAAAGCUUCUUACUCGAUAAUUCCUACCCAGAUUGUAUCCUCGUGUUUUUAUUGAUCUGCUGAACAGAAGGGCACAUUCUACCCCCCCUGGCAGGAUUGAUGAUAUAUUUUGUAAGAUGAUCAUGCCUUCAUACUCGUGGUCCAAUUAAGAAUCUGGUCCUUCAGCAUAUUAUGA